AUGAGAGAUAAUAAAACGUAUAAAAAAGCGAUCAAAAACGGUUAUUGGCAUGAAGUGAUCAAAGGGAACAAAUUCUUUUAUAAAGAUUCCGGAGCCCAGUUCUAUAUAAAGGGAAUAGCUUACCAACAAAGUAAGGCGGAGUGCAACGAGCACUGGGACUUUGGAUUCAUGGACACGGCGUAUAUUGAUCCGUUGGCCAACACCACUACAUGCUUGAGAGACCUCAGAUACUUGAAGGAUUUGGGCAUCAACACCGUGCGCGUGUACUCGAUUAAUCCCAUGGCCGACCAUGAUACGUGUAUGAAUGCAUUCGGCGAAGCAGGCAUCUACGUGAUAGCAGAUUUGUCCGAGCCAAGCCAAUCCGUAGACCGGAAGAACCCUUCGUGGGACUUUUCGUUGUUUCACAGAUACACAUCGGUGGUAGAUUCCAUGCAUAAGUACCCGAACAUGUUGGGCUUUUUUGCGGGGAAUGAAGUUUCCAACGAUUGCAAUACCACCGCAGCAUCUCCGUUCGUCAAAGCGUCGAUUAGAGACACAAAGAUGUACAUCAGUGCCUCCAAGUACCGGAAGAUUCCCGUGGGGUACUCAUCCAAUGAUGAUGCCGAGACGAGGGAGAAGGUGGCCAACUACUUUGUCUGCGAUGACAGCGAUGGCGAUUCAAGAGUCGACUUCUACGGUAUCAACAUGUACGAAUGGUGUGGCUACUCUAGCUUUGUUCAUUCGGGGUACAGAGACCGUACAUUGGACUUCCAGGACUAUCCCGUUCCUAUCUUCUUCAGCGAGUUUGGGUGCAAUCUCCAACGGCCAAGACCCUUUACGGAGAUCGAGGCGUUAUACAGCGAUAGAAUGACCCAUGUGUGGUCCGGUGGAAUCGCAUACAUGUAUUUUGAAGAAACCAACGCGUACGGGGUGGUAAGGAUUCAGCAGGACGGUACGGUCGUCAAGCUCGCGGAUUACGAAAAUUUAAAACAGGGCUUCCACAAGGUUCACCCCAAGGUUUUGCAUGCAAAAGACUAUCAGCCGAAGAUUUCUGCAUAUAUCAAGUGCCUGUCCCAGAAUGCCGCCUGGAGGGCAUCGUCCGAGAUCCCACCGAGCCCUAAUUCGGACAAGUGUGACUGUUUGCAAUCCAGCUUAUCAUGUAUAAUCUCACCCGUCACUGUGGUAGACAAGCCUGUGCUUCUUGGUGAGGUUUGUCAGGUGACUAAUUGCUCUAGUAUUAUAGCUGACGGAGCGACAGGUGAGUACGGGGAGUUUUCUCUGUGCUCGCUCGAACAAAGAUUGGGGUACGCCUUGAAUUCGUACCACCUUUCCCAGAACCUGAGUAGUGAGUCGUGCCACUGGGAUGGGAGAGCGUUUUACAACUUCAAGAUUGGUGGGGGCCGGAAGACGUGUGCCGAAGAGCUUGGACAGGAAUACUUGAACGUGUUGGACGGUUUACCCCCAGGGACUCAGAAUAAACGACUUAGUCAGUCCGCAGUGGGUUCGCUACAUUCCAAGGUCCAAACUUCGAGCGACGCCUUGAAGUUGGAAACUGGCUGGAAGAUUAUCGCGACAGUUGCUACCGUGGUAACGGUAUUUAUCUUGAAGAGUUAUGCGUAG